GGCAAGCGUCCUACGGCAAAACAAAACAAAAACUUCACUGCGCGUCUACUCCAGAACACAAAAACAGUUACUAAAAAUAUGAUAAGAUUAAAAGUUCCUCUGAUUCCCAAUGAAAAUAUUCUCAACAACUUAUUUGACAAAAAUAUAUUUACAGUAAAUGACUUUCUUCAAAAGCAAAGUUCUGAUUUACAAAACAUAUGCAAGUUACAAUGCAAGGAAAUAACGAAACUCAAAGACAUUUUAACAAUAAAAUGUUCAUCAUCUAUUAAUGGCUAUGAACUAUAUUUGAAUAGAUCUAUUCCUAAUUUUGUUCAAACUGGGAUUCAUAAGUUGGAUAACUUACUAGGUGGAGGAUUAAUGUCAAGCAAUAUUUAUGAAUUUUGCGGUCCUUCAUCUUGUGGGAAAACACAACUAAAUUAUAGUAUUCUAUUAAAUAUUAUAAUGAAUACUAAAAGAGAUAUCAUUUAUAUUGAUUCUAGAAAAAAAUUUUCAGUCAAUAGAAUAAAACAAAUAUUGAAAAAUAAAUAUCAUUUAACAAACCAGGAUAUUUAUGGCAUUUUGAAAAAACUGUUUGUGUAUUCAGUUUCAGAUAUUUAUUGUUGUAUUACUUGUUUACAUAGUCUCAAAAACAAGACAGAACCUAUUAUAUUUAUCGACUCUUUACCUGCAAUAUAUUUAUCAUUUGUAGGCUUUUUAAAAAAUGAUGGUUUAUGUUAUUUAAACCAUAUAUGUUCUGUUCUUAAGUAUUUAUGUAAAAGAAAUGCAAUUAUUGUUGUCACAAAUUUAGCAGUGAAAAAUUGUAGUCCUAUAACAAAUAAUGUAAAUGAAGAAGUUCAUUAUAAUCAAUGUACAAACCAAUUGGAUUUUAAGCCUGCGAUAGGUAAAUAUUGGUUUCAUGUACCCAAUACAAGACUUAUGUUUACCACAAUAUUGAAGAACAAACAGCAAAUAUGUAUUCAUAUUUCUAAAAGUGCAUACUUAUCUCUUAAUGAAAAUUGUAUCUUGCAAAUCGAUGACUGUGGAGUUUCAUAGUCAUAAAUAAAUAUACAAUAUGUGCAAACAA